UUGGAAAGUUCUGUUUUUUCUAAGUAGAACUGCAACUUAUUCUACAAGCCAGUGUAGACAGCAAGCUCAAAAUUCAGCCAUUUUCGUUUAUGCAACUUCAAGAAGAUUUCACUAUAUAUACCCCUCUCUCUGUACCAUUCUUCAUACCAGCUUCUUAAAUUUGCAGUUUUAGUACUCAAAUUAAGUAAAGCAAGAAAUAGAAAGAGAUGGAUAGAGUCUCAUUUUUUAUGAUUUAUUGUGCUAUUUUUGGCUUAGUUGUUAACUUUGCAGCAGCACAAACUGUGCAUGUAGUUGGAGAUAGCAUGGGAUGGGAUAUUCCCCCAAAUACUUCUGCCUCAUAUUCCAAUUGGGCUUCUGCCAAAACAUUCAUGCUUGGCGACAUCCUAGUGUUCAACUUCAUGACUAACCAGCAUGACGUAGUCCAAGUGCCCAAAGCCUCCUACGAUGAUUGCAGCGACGACGGCGCCAUCGGCAGCGUCAUCACCGCCGGACCGGCGAAUAUCACCCUUAACUCUGCCGGCGACCGCUAUUACAUAUGCACUAUAGGCAGACACUGCGAAGCGGGACAGAAACUGUCCAUAACAGUGGUGUCGUCAUCUACUCCUCAGCCGAAUGCAUGUGCGCCGUCGCCCAACGCCGUCGCCCCCAUGCCGCCUGCUAGACUUACUCCUCCUCCUCCUCCUCCUUCUGCCUCUGUUGCUCUACCUACCAGCUUCUUGCUUCUUAUAAUUUCUGUUGGCUUAGCCCUCAUUUUCUAGAUUUUUUUAUUUUCGUCUCAUUAUUGAUUAUAGUUUCGUUUGAACUUUUAUCCUUCUUUCUUAUGUACCAUAUUGAGUAUAUGCUGUAGUCAUUUGAUUUUUGUAAUCAUUUUUAUGUUUCGAAUAAUAUGAAAUAAAAUGAAUUUGCCAUCAACUUAA